AUGAUUAUUAAUUCACUCGUUGUAAUAUAUUACCUUAUUAUUUCGGUAAAAAGCGGAGACGACUGGUGCGAGGUUAAUAGUGUGAUCACCUGGUAUUAUAACUACAAUACAUGUUUUAGAGAUCAUUGGAAUUACAAAGAUGGUGAUUUUAAUUUUGAAAACGGGUGUUGUUUGAACGAAACUAAAACGUUUGAAGAAACAACGUCUGGUGGGUACGAAUAUCGAACUUUUAAGUUUAAGGAUGGUGCUGUUAUUAAUUUAAAAACUUUAUUCAUUCGAGAACAAUAUUCACAACAUAGUUUCUAUGUUAGCGAACGCGCAAGACCAGAAGGCUUAUUUGUUUCUCUUGGAUGUUACAAUAAUGAAAAAUUCUGUCGGAAAUCUGUUGAUGAUGGUAAAAUACUUGGUAUCGAUCUUCAUUAUAGAGGCAUUUCGAUCUACUCGGAUAUAAAAGAAAACAUCAGGAUUGACGACUAUAUAGAAAAAAACGAAAUGCCCCCACAACUUUUUAUUGACGGAAAAGAAACACCAAAUAAUGUUGAAUUUAUAUAUAGAUAUUUAAAAAAUUAUGAUUAUGCAUUUUCAAGGCGUAGAUUUUUGUUUACAGGAAAUGUAGACGAUGGCAAUGUAAGAGUGUUAUAUGAAAAAUUAAAUGACGAAAAAUAUUAUAAUGGAAGACCAGUGUGUGAACGAAAUGGGUUUAAAAGAUUUUUAGCAUUUCUAGACGGAGAAGAUUUGGCGAAUGUGAUGAACACAACUUGUAAUUGUAAACGAAUAAAUGACAUGGAAAUAAUUGGAGAUGAUAAUUGGUAUUAUCCAGAUUGUAAAUACAACUCAUCUUUAUUUGAUUUGGAUUUGACAACGGAUGUUUUUGAAACACAAUUUAAUGUGAAUAUUCAAAUAACAAAAUGGUAUUCAAUUAUUUUUUCUACAUUUAAAUAUUACGUUUUAAACUCCAUACAAAUAACAAAUUCGUUAUUAAGUUUUGAAACGCUAGAAAUGAACCAAGACACAAAUGUCAUAGUAAAUAUGAAUGUUAUAAUUCAAAAUUUGCAGAUCAAUUCAAUUGGAAUGUAUCAAUUUUCAUAUGAUUUAAAUGUUGUGAAUGUUAUUUAUAAUGAGCAAUUAAAUAACAAAAUACUAUUUAUAAUACUGGGAAAAUUGACAAAUACAAAUAAUGUUUUAAGUUCUUGUGGAUUUAGAGCAUUCUACACAAUAAAUGACGGGUAUAUGUGUUAUUGUAAUAACACUGGUGGAACAUGGGAUCCAUCCCUUGAAAACGUACUUUAUAAAGGAGAUUGCUUUAACAACACACAACAAUCGAAAUUAACACUACAACUCGAUGCUGAUAUUUACAACCCUACAGAAACCCAAAAAUGGCAACAAAUAAACAUUCUUAAUAAUAAUAUCACUAUUGAUGGUGUUAAUGAAUUAAUCAUGUCAGUUAUUCAUCUUGAAAGCGACCUUUUUCUAUAUACAAAAAUCACCAUUACAAAUGAAAUACAAUUUGUAAAAAACGCUCAUUGUAUCGUGAAAAAUGAAGGUAUAAUGACUUUACAACAAAGCGCUCAGAUCACUUUGAUUAAUGUCACAAACAACACAAAUCACAAUGGGAAAAUUCAAGUUGAAAGUGGAGGAGUUUUUAAAUAUUUAAAUAUCCAGAAUGCAAUCCAGUGGGUAAACACUACUCCAAUCGAUUUUUGUGUCGAAUUGUUUUCGUUUCAAAACAACCAAGAAAGUACUUUUACUUUAUCCAAUUCUAUUUUUAUUGAAAAGAAAUUAAUGAGAGUGUGCCCUAAUAGUAUUUUUCCUUUUCAAAAAACCUGUUGUAAUUUUACUGGGAAUAACAUGGACGAUUAUCAGAGUUAUGAAGAGAAAGUCCUUCAUUGCCCAAUUAACAAUGAAAAUGCAACUAUUAUUCUUAAAAAUAUAUUCUUUGAACAACUGGGUGAUUUUAAAGGGAUUUUUAGUCAAGACAGUGAAAAUUACAAACAAAUAAAAUUUGAAAAGAAACAAGAAUUAAAUACUCAAUUUCAUGAAACAAUAGAAACAACUUUAUUUGUUUCAAACAAUUCUUUAAAUAAUGGAAAUUAUAAACUACUUUUUGGAACACUAAAACUGUUUAUUGGAACCAAUUUUGGCUUUGAAAUUUCGACUCAAAAAAUGAAUGAAAAAUUGUCUCAAAACCCUUUGGUGAUAAUCAGUGACACAAACUAUCCUUGUAAGGCGUUAGAAGCAAAAGCUGUUGAAAAUGAAAUUUCAAGGUGUUUGGCAUGUAACAAUUCAUAUUAUUAUCAGAAUAAUACAUGUAAUCCCAUAUCCAAUUAUUGUAAUAAUAUCUAUACAACAAAGACAUAUUCAAUUUGUGAAGAAUGUGAAUUGGGUUAUGAAGCAAAUAGAAACAAUUGUGUACAAUGCAGAUCACAGUGUCAACGUUGUUCGAAUAACAAGUGUGUUUUAUGUGAAAAAGAUUACUACUAUGACAAAGAUGGCACUUGUUCUCGAAUGAAUAACGCAAAAGGAUAUAUUGUAUUAUACGAAUUACAAAGAACAAGAAAGUGUGUUAUUGGAUAUUAUAGUUCAUUUGUAGACUGUCUACCAUGUUCACAAAAUUGCAUUCAAUGUUACAACUCUUCCAUCUGCCAAAUUUGCAACACUAAAAGCUUUUUGGUUGAAAAUGAGACUUCCAAAUUCUGUGGAAUACAAAGUGGUGUUGAACUUUCCAGUAACACUAAAGUGAUCUUCUGCAAAAAUUCGUUUUAUUUAAAUUAUGAAGAAAAUAAUUGUGAAAAAUGUUCUUUGAAAUAUGGCGAAUUGUGCGAUUUUUGUGAUUCCAAAAAGUGUUUUAAUUGUUCUCAAGAUGGUGUGAUUAACACAAUAACUGGAAAAUGUGAAAUACUCACAGAAACACACUGUCAAAUGACACAGAACACUCAUUGCACUAUUUGCACAACACCAAAUUAUUCAAUCAAUUCUAGUGGGCUCUGUGACAUCAAUACAAAUUGUUUAGUAUCUUGGAAAAACGAAAAAUGUCUUGUAUGUGACGAAGGGUAUUUCCACGAUGUCAAUAACUCAUGUGUAACAAUAGAAACACAUUUUAAUAAUUGCACUCAUUCAAUAUCUGAAAAAGACCGCUGUUAUCAAUGUAUAACUGGAUAUUUUCUUAUUCACAAUCAAUGUGAAAAGUGUUUAGAAAAUUGUAUUGAUUGUUAUAACAAAGAACAAUGUCUUUUAUGUCAAGAUGGAUACUAUUUACAAAACAAUGGGUCUUGUUCACAUGUUUCUGAUAUUUCCAAUCAUUGUAAAAGACUAAUACGAGGGGGUUCCUCGUGUGCACUCUGUGAUUUAAAAUACUUUAGAAAUUCUAAAGGUAUGUGCGAGAAGUGCAUAGAAAGUUGUGCAGACUGUAAUCAGAAUUCCACAUGUCUCAAUUGUGAUAAAGAUAAUUACUUAUUAACAGACUCGACCAAAUGUAUUUCCUAUGAUGAGUUGGUGAAUUGCACAUCAAAAAGUCAGAGUGGAUGUCUGUUGUGUAACACCGGAUUUUAUAUUGACAAUCAGAAGUGUCUGCCUUGUAAUACAAAAACGGAUAAUUGUACUGAAUGUGUGCAAUAUGGUGUUUGUGUGCUUUGUGAAGACACUUUUAUUCUCAAAAACGAGAAGUGUAUUCCAAUAAAUAAAGUUUCAAAGUGUCUAGAAAUAACAAAUUCGAAGUGUUCCAAAUGUUCCUUCUGGCAUGUACCAGAAUCUUCAGGAACGUCUUGUAAUGUACACGUAGUGUGGUGGGUCAUUUUUAUAAGUGUUUUAUUUGUAGUGAUAAUAAUACUAACACUCGUCAUAUUAACAAUUAUUAUCAUAUUAAAAAUAUUGGAACAUAAAAGGCAUGAGAAAGAAAGGAAGAAGACUUGUCUUUUUGUUAUGAGUAGUUCUAACAUCAAAUUUCUAAAAACUUCGAAUGAUGAUAUUGUUGUUAACAUGAAAGAAAUACAAUUUGAAAGUGUCUCGUAUGGAGACAUAAAAGUAGAUGAAGAAACGCGGGAAUUGAUCUGUGUUGGCAAUAUCUCUAAAAACAUAGUAAAAGUGCAGUUUACUUUUAAAGAAAGCAAUUAUAAAUACUCAUUCAGAACACAACCAGAAGUUAUUGCUAUCCCAAAAGGAAAAGCGUGCGAAUUCGAAAUCUUUUUAACACCAAAUUGCUCAACAAAAAUCGACGACAAUAUUUAUUUAUUCUCUGCAAAUUUGACGAGUGGAAAGACCUCAGAAAGUCAAAUCCAAAUUAGAGCAAAAACUGAAAUAUCAACUAAAUUAGACCCAGAUGAGUUAAUUGAAAACAAAAAAGUUGGUGAAGGCUCGUUUGGAAUUGUUUAUCAUGGGGAAUUCAGAGGGAGUGACGUUGCUAUAAAGAAAAUGAAAGAGAUGAAUCAAAGUGAUAAGGCCAUACAAGAGUUUGAGAAGGAAGUUGCCAUGUUAGACAAGUUUAGAAGUGAAUAUAUUGUACAUUUCUACGGAGCCGUGUUUAUACCAAAUAAAAUUUGCAUGGUAACUGAAUUUGCUCAAUAUGGGAGUGUUAGAGACUUGAUGAAACACAAAAAGAGUGAAGAUGUUGCGCUCAAUAUGAAAGUCAAGUUUUGUUUGGAUGGGGCAAAGGGCGUGUUUUAUUUACAUGAAAAUGGGGUGUUACAUAGAGACAUCAAACCAGACAAUUUCCUUGUGUUUUCACUUGAUUUAAACGACAAGGUCAAUGCUAAAUUGACGGAUUUUGGGAGUGCAAGAAAUGUGAAUCAACUCGUCUCUAAUAUGACAUUCACCAAGGGAAUUGGUACGCCAAAAUAUAUGGCGCCUGAGGUCUUAAACAAAGAGAAAUACACAAAAGGCGCAGACGUCUUUUCGUUUGCUAUUACAAUGUAUGAAGUCUUAACAUGGAAAGACCCGUUUCCCAAAGAAAAAUUUAGAUUUCCAUGGUCAAUAGCUGAUUUUAUUAGCGCCGGGAAACGAUUUGACAGACCAGAAGAAAUACCAGAAAAACUCUUUGAUAUCUUGAAAGUGAUGUGGAACCAAAGUUCACGAGAAAGAUGUGAUAUAAAGAAAACUAUUGAAAUGCUUGAAAAUUACUUGAAAUAA